UUUGAGACGGUCUCACUGUGUACUUCAGGCUAGCCUUGAUCUCACAGGAACCCUCCUGUCUCAGCUGCCCAGCAGUUGUCAUUGCUGCAGCCUCACCCUCUCUGUGGGUGACUGUGGUGCUUACUCUAUACUGCCCACUGUAACUCCUUGCCUUUUCUGUGUCACACAUGUCUCUAUCUCCCUAAAGACAGGCCCAAUUCAUUCAGAAAACAUUUCUCCCAUGCCAUCACCUGCCACGCACUAUCUGAAGCUGGAAGGCCCAGGGCAGGGAGGCCCUGCCCUCUGGUUUCUGCCUUCCCACAUAACCUAGCUCUUUAUCUCCCGGGGCCUUCAGAUACCUGUUCAUGUCCUUUUACCUCUGUUUUCGGGGGACCAAGGAGGGCUGGGGCCGUGUGGCUGUGUUCCCGGUGUACAUAUGUUCUCUAGGCCUGGGUCCAGCUUGGCCCCAGACCAGCCUGACUUCGCAGACUGCUCCAGAUUGCAGCGGGAGACACUGGCAGCCCUCUGGAGAAUAUGACCCAAUGUCACCCCUUGUGUGAGAAUAAGAUAACAACAGCUGUCAGGCUCUGAAUGGAAAAAAUAACAUCCGGCAUUCCACCAAUCUCUAGCACUCAUUUUCAUUUUCAAAUCUUUGUCCAUUCCCAAGUUGCUGCGUUGGGCUGUUGGAAUGUACGAGCAUUCAGAGGCUCAAAUAAUGAAGCAGGGAAAGAGUUGGAGCGAUGCCAGCAGCAGGCGAACGAGGUGACCGAAAUCAUGCUCAACAACUUCGACAAGGUCCUGGAGCGUGACGGGAAGCUGGCAGAGCUGGAGCAGCGUUCAGACCAACUCCUGGACAUGAGCUCUGCCUUCAGCAAGACAACCAAGACCCUGGCCCAGAAGAAGCGCUGGAAGAACAUCCGUUGCCGGAUCUACCUGGGGCUGGUGGUAGCCGGUGGUCUGCUCAUCAUCCUGAUUGUGCUGCUGGUCAUCUUUCUCCCACAGAGCAGCAGGGACAGUGGGGCCCCACAGGCCCAGGAUGUAGGCACUGCCUCAAGGCCUGGAGACUGACCCAGUUGGGCCCAGGGGAGAGGCCUAGUGGUCCCAUUGGCCAGUUCUGGUCUCCAGAGAAUCCUGGAGUUUGCUCCCGUGGAGCCACCCCAGUGAGUGCUGAAGGGCAGUGGUAAUGUGUGUGCCUUUGUGUCCCCAAUGCCACAGACUGGCCCUCGAGGGCAGCCUGCUGGCCAGCCAUGCCUGGCCAGCCCCACCUGGCCAGCCCCACCUGAAGCCCAGUAAAAGCUGCUGUUUGGUUAAAAGCUCAUGCAUGUG